CUACUAAAGUUGAAAUGACACCUAUAUAUCCUUGAUAUUAAUAUAUUAAUUAAAUGAUGGCACUAUUGCGUUAGCAUUGUUGGAAAGGGGUGCAUUUAUCGAUAACGAACGAUAGAGCAACGAACAAGAUAAACUACGUACGCAAAGAACGAGGACUUUGUCGGCUGAUUCUCGACCUACGCGUGAGAAAAGCGCAGUGUCGAUAACAGGAAGAUCGAUCCCACGAACUGCAACGGUGAAAUAUACGUUAUGUUAUUGUCAUAUAGUAUAGAUGUGCAAGAAAAAAAAACACGCACACACACCCACACACAAAUUAAGAACUUUAAAAUAUAAGCGCCUCAAAAAUUAAGCAGAAAAAAUUAAGACUAAAAUAAAUUAACAUAUUUAUCGAAAAUAUAUAAAUGGAUUCAAAAUGUGAUGUUGCUUCCUUGUAGAAAGAACAAUGGCAAUUAGCUCUAGUAAAAUGACUUCCUUAAGCAACUCUUCUCAAAAGAAGUCUUUAAACAAGUUAUUGAGAUGGCCAAAAAUAGAGUUUAAUAAAAUAAUUACUGCAAUGCUGCACAGCAAACUGCACAUAAUAAGAGCAGCACAGCAGCAUUCAGGGGGAAACCUCAGAGCUCCCAAGGACGUGUCUAGGCACCAGAAUCACAUCCUCCACAUGCCCAAAGCCCCCAGUACAGCAGUGGGUGUCUUUGGUGUGUGAUGUCAUACGUCUCCUCAGCCACCCUUUGGGGAUUCAACACUGGAAUCAGUAGGUAUUUGCUAAGAAGAUACCUGUUGUCUCCCAAACACCAGCCACCAGCAAAAGCAACAUCCUUUGCCAUCUGACACUCCAAAGCUGGACCAGAUAUAAGCAUCAUGUGUCCUCCCAGGACACUUGGCAACAAUGUCUGUAAAAUGACCUUAAUGGUUGCAUAUUAAGUACUGGCUUGCGUGGCUUACUGGGCUAAGUGACUGUGCUUGUGAUCAGAAGAUCAUGGGUUCAAGCCCAGGUGUGGACAGCCUGUAGGUUUAUAGGAAAAGGUGUGGUUAAGGGUUGUGUAUUAUUAUUUGGGGGCAGCUGCUGGCUCAGUGGGCUAAGCCGUGUGCCUGUAAUCACAAGGUCACCGGUUCAAGCCCAGCCUCAGCACGUCUGCAGGUCCUUGAGCAAGACCCUCAAUCCCCAGCUCCUUGGGCGCCACUACGGGUAGCUGCCCUUCGCAGACAGCUUGCUCUACAAAGAGCAAGGUGAGGGAAGCAUAAAAAGUGUGGACAAUUUGUGUCAAUAAAGUAUCAAUUAUUAUUAUUAUUUCAUAUCACCCGGACAUUUAGGCCUAGUGCCAUGAACAGGGUUGAGGGUCCAUCCACUGCACCUACAGUGCCAGAUAAGCCUGCAAUGGCAUUCAAACAAAUUUUAAUGUCAUUUAAGACAUCCAAUCCUGCUGGACAUUGUAUGCAGUCGUGUGCAUAGUGCAAUAAAAAUAUAACCAAUGCAUGCAGAGAUUCGGAUACAGCAGCCUUGCUGAGGUCAUGUGCAUCACUGACAGACUGCAGGAAUCCACUGGUGGCAUAGAAGCAGAGCUGCCAGACACUGCGCUGUGUGACCAAAGGCAAAAUCAUGGCUUGUUCCUCUUUUCAAUUCAUCCUGCACCAGACCAAGGUCGCUUAUUAUUUCACCCAGGCCAGACUGUUUUUCUCUAUUAAAUGUAUAUUACAGAGAUGACCCAAAGGCUUCAUGUCCACCCACAAAACAACAUCUAAACAGGCAACUUCCUGGAUGGCACUGUUAGGUACCAGAGUUGUUCACAAUUUAUUGAUAGUGCCCCAUUACAUGCAUUAAUUGUAAUUUGAAUUGAAUGACAAAUUCAUUCAGCUCGCCCCCCCCGCCCCGAAAUGGGCACGAGCUCCUCUUGUGGUUGUUUUUGUUUCCUCUGAUUAGGCUAUAAAACGUCUUGCGUGAUUCUUUUGUUGUUGUUAUUGCUCCUAUAUGAAAUGUUGCUGAGGGUAUUAGCAAUAGCAGAAUGUUUUUCGCAGUAACCAUGUUACUGACCACGUAACUGCGCACUUAUAUGUAUGCGCGUGUAUGUGACUUGGGAAGUCGUGGUGCACAGAGGAAAAUGGGGCUCUCCCGAAAGCCACUGUGUAAUUAGAACACUGACUGUGUCUCUGCGACAAGGUCAAAAACUGGCUAUGCCAUAAAUUUGGUAUUAUUCCAAUGUAUAAAUACUUAGCUAUAUCGUUAAAACCUGCUUAAUAAUUUAACUUUUUUGUUGAAAACACACGCAUACAACACCCGCACACCUCGCCUACACAGAUGAACAUGCAUGAACACACGCUUACACGCACCCCUCCAAGCACACACAACAAUUUUGUAUGUUUGUAUAGCUGUUUUAUUUUCUUUAUUCUUUAUUUUUGUUUGUGUUUAUGUAUUUAUCCAUUUUUGCGUCUCUUUCAGAUGCUGUUGAUCUUUUGCCUUAUUUUUCUCAGAUGCAGCAAUUGGCGGCCUGUUAUGUGCUACCUACUUUACUCCUAUCUUCGCGUAUCUCUCUCACUUUCUCUUCCUUUUCUUUUUUCUCUUUUUUCCUCCAUCUGUCCAUCCUCUUCGGUCAGCUCAGCCACUGCAAUAUUUUACCUGUGCUAAUAAAUAAAUAAAUACAUAUAAUAAAAAGAAAUUGAUCAACAUGAGGGGGCUAUGCAGAGUUUAUAGAGCUUCUCAUGAGAUAGCAAACAUGUUUGGCACAGCAGUGCAUUCAGACCAUGAUUCUGCUUGCUAAAGCUGUCGGACAGGACAAAAAAUUAUGUGUUUUAAUUAAAACGUAUGCAUUAUGUAAUUCACUAUAAAGCAACGGUUUCUACUAUUUCAAUAUAAAUAAGACCGAGUUUCAGAGUAUAGAAUAAUAGCUAAUUAUCGGAGUAUAUUUUUCCUAUAUAAAAUUAAAAUACAGCGAGACCGUGUUGAGUGUAAAAAUGUUUCUAUUGAAAUUAUAGUAGCCUAUAUACAUUGGAUUGACAUUAAUGUACUAGGCCUACAUCAAUUAAUGCAGAAACUUCUAUCAGCGGGUUACUCAAUAAAUCAAAGAAGUACAGUAAAGGUAUAGGCCCAUUCUAACCAUUAAGGUUAUCCACUAAGGACCGACAGUCACCAAAGGGCCGUUUCUUCUAUAAGAGGAACCUUUCUGCUGCUACCGCGGAAUCUACGGACAUUAAAAGCGAAACGCACAUAAAUUCGUACCGCCGUGGAGUCCGGUAACUAGUAAACAGACCAAAGUAAACUUUUACAGAAGUAAUAAAGCGCGAUCACGCUAAAGAGGGGUCAUUUGCGCCUGGACACAUAACGGGGCGAGUGGCGCCGAGCGGACGCGGACCCUGUUAGCCGGACAAAAUACUUUAAUUUCAGAAGAAAUGCGGGCGCUGGAGAUAAACACGGGAUAGGCUGCAGCAUGUCCAAGGAUCCCGAGGCCGCUCCCCACAAAAGCGACGGAAGAACGAGCCCCAUCAGCGUUAUACUGGUGAGCUCGGGAAGCCGGGGCAAUAAGCUGCUGUUCCGGUACCCGUUUCAGAGGGUCCCCGAGGACGCGGCAUCGCUGGCCGCGAAGCAGCGGAGCCCGUAUGCGCUGAACCCCAGCGGGGACGCGUCCGAGGACCCAGAUGGAGAUUCGCGGAAACAAACCCCCCAAAGUGAGGAGUACUUGGUAGCAGGUUUCUCUGACAUCAUCCUGGCCACCAUCCUGGCCACUAAGUCUGACAUGUGUGGCAAGAAGUUCGAGCUGAAGAUUGACAAUGUGCGCUUUGUGGGACACCCGACCCUGCUGCAGCCCCCCCACACUAUCCAGGUCUCCAAGACGGACCCCUCCCCCAAGAGAGAGAUGCCCACGAUGAUCCUGUUCAGCGUGGUGUUUGCACUCAGGGCCAACACGGACCCGUCGGUCAUCGGCUGCAUGCACACGCUGUCACGGCGCAUCGCGGUGGCCCUACAGCACGAGGAGCGCCGGUGCCAAUACCUGACGAGGGAAGCCAAGCUGAUGCUGGCCAUGCAGGACGAGGUCACCACCCUGACUGAGACGGCUGACGGCGGCCCCCAGUCGCCUUUCCGGCAGAUUCUCCCCAAGUGCAAGCUGGCUCAGGACCUGAAGGAGGCGUACGACAGCCUCUGCACGACCGGCGUGGUGCGACUCCACAUUAACAACUGGCUGGAGGUCAGCUUCUGCCUCCCCCACAAGAUCCACCGGGUGGGGGGCAGCCACAUUCCCCCCGAGGCCCUGGAGCGCAGCCUGAAGGCCAUCCGGCCAUACCAUGCGCUGCUCCUGUUGGACAGUGAGAAGUCCCUGCUGGCCCAGCUGCCCCUGGACUGCUCUCCUGCGCUAGUGCGGCUCAUCAAGACCUGCUCAGCCGUGAAGAACCUGCAGCAGCUGGCGCAGGAUGCAGACCUGGCCCUCCUGCAGAUCUUUCAGAUUUCUGCACAUUUGGUUUACUGGGGUAAGGCCAUCAUCAUCUACCCUCUGUGUGAGAACAACGUCUACAUGCUGUCUCCACACGCCAACAUCUGCCUGUACUCCCCCCUGGCUGAGCAGUUCUCCCAGCAGUUCCCGGGCCACGACCUCCCCUCCACGCUGGCCAAGUUCUCCUUGCCUGUCUCGCUGUCAGAGUUUCGGAACCCCCUGGACGCCCCCAUGCAGGAGGCCCAGCUGAUCCAGACGGUGGUCUGGCUCCUGCAGAGGCGCCUCCUCAUCCAGCUGCACACCUACGUCUGUCUGCUGGUGCCGCCGAGCGAGGAGGACCCCGGGUCCUGGGAUGAGGAGCCGCUGCUGGCGACUCGCGUCGGGGGGCGGAGCCUCAGCACGCCCAGCGCCUUGAGCUUCGGCUCCCCCACUAGCAGCGACGACAUGACCCUGACCAGCCCCAGCAUGGACAACUCAAGUGCCGAGCUGCUUCCCGGCAGCGACUCGCCGCUGAACCGGCGCGUGACGGAGACGCUGCUCGCCAGCCUGACGGAGCAUGAGCGCCAGGCCAUCCUCAGCGUGCCGGCCGCCCAGAACCCAGAGGACCUGCGCAUGUUCGCCAGGCUGCUCCACUACUUCCGGGGCCACCACCACUUGGAGGAGAUCAUGUACAACGAGAACAUGCGCCGCUCCCAGCUCAAAACACUCUUCGACAAGUUCCGAAGCGUCCUGGUGGUCACCAACCACGAGGACCCGGUUGUCUCCCUCUUUCAGUCACCCCUUGACUAGGAGCCGCUGGCUGGUCCGGACUCUCCAACUCUGCAGACUGCACCCGCGGGUCUGAUUGGACACCCGAGGGGUUUCCUCUGACGCUGGGAGAACGAGGCGCCUUUGCAGUGGGUUCGGCUGGUUCGUUCUCGCUAUGGGAGCCCAGAAGCCUCAAAAUGAAGGCAGUACCGCCAAAAACUCAUGCUGCUAAACUGAUCUAAUCUACAGACGUUUGGGAAGAAAAUUCACACGUUGAACUGACGGGUUUCGCUUGAGAUGGUUUCAGAUCUGACUACAGACAACCCAAACUCGAGGCCCUGAGAAGUUGCGUUUGUGCAUUUACCGCGGUCACUCUAAUUUCAGUGUGAGGACGUCUGUGUUCUGUAUGACCUUCUACACUUAGAUCCCGUCAGAGCCCAUCCCACAGAGACAGCAAUAAUUUCAGUUUUGAAGAACCAACAUCAGAAACAUCAUGGUUUUAUUUAUGCUACCAAUACCACAGGGGGGGGGGGGAUCUCACCAGAGAAAUUCAGCUUAAGAUCCAUUGAUGGGGGCUUAACAAAAGGGGUUUCUCUUGAGCUUUGCUGGUCCUUCACCAUUUGACCCAUUAUGUCAGGUGAUCAUCUGGCUGAUACUGACCACUGCACAUCUCCAAGGUUAUACCAAAUAUUUUGGCGUGCAAGAGCCAGACCCAGAUUCAGGCUGAUUAUCGUCACACCCCCAAGGUGAAGGAGGGUCUGGCUGACCUUCAGCAGCUGGAUCUUCUUUCACCUCAGAGUGUUCCUCAGCCUCUGGGCUGUGAGGAGAACACGGUGGCCAGCACUUAAAUAAAGUGAAAGCUUGUUCCUUAUGGAUAGACACCCAACCCUGACAGGUCGUUAAGUAAAGCGAUAAUAAGUAAAUGUCAAAUAAAUUACAUCAUGGCUGA